GGCCUAGCGGAUUCAGCGCGCUACUCUCAUACUUGAGGUUGUAUGUUCCAUCACUGGCUGUGCACCAAUGGACUUGCUUUCUCUAAAUGGGGUCCAGCGCUUCAGCUAUAAGUGAAACUCCAGAUGGGGACUUACGCUUGCCAGCAUCCGGACUACGGUUUAGUACUCAUCAUCUCAGAUCUCUCAACGCAUAUAUUGAAACAUUAUAUGAAGAGGAUCAGAAAAACCGAAUGUCAGUGUCAACGGAGAUGAUGGUGGAAGCUCUCGUUCAAAAACUUGUGGAUGGAGCUGGGCAGAGGGACCCUCGGUUUCGUUGUAGUCAUCUGAUAGCCUUGCACCGAGGGAAGAAGAUGCGGUCUAGAUCCCUAGAAUACCUGGUCACCAUCGAUUCAUUACCACCUCUUAACACGGAUGAUGACUGCAGUCUCCAAGAAAGCCCAGUGGGUUAUGGGAAGGUACGCUUGUCUGGCCGAGAGGCAGAUAAAUGGGGAGAGUUUCUAACCUCGGCAGGUUAUUUAUGUAGGGAUAAAAUUGUGGAGAGAUGGGUGCAAUUGAUAGCACGUUGCGCGCAGUCACGCGGAGGUGGCGCUUCAAGAGUCCUCUGCGCACGCGCGCAUCAACAUGCAUUACCGUAUUCCUACUGCUAUCUCGAAACAUCACACCAGAGCUCAACAGAGCGCCGAUUGGCGAUAGUGGAAGGUCCGGCCUGGGUUAUGCUCCGUGUCGGGGCGGGAGAGGCGGAGGCGAAGUUAAUGCUGGGCGCAAGGGUGGGCGGAUGCAGCCCUCACGCGUAUACCAGUACUGUGCCCAUCACACAUCCGUUGGCCUUGCUUCAUUAUACCGCUGCUAAAGGGGGUUACUACGCAGUAACAGUAGGUCCACCAUCAUCAAUGGUCUGUGCUGAACGAUCUUCUACCUGGCAAUUGUGGCACCCGGCACUGGAAGCCACAUUGGACUCGCAUUGUGCAGAGUAUUCUCAUGUAGGAAAAGUGGCUGGUGCCUUGAAUGUGUUGGUUGACAAGAUGAGAGAAGGAUGCUAUGAGGGUUCUCUCCAACUGCUAAGUCGCUAUGCAGCGAGUUGCGCUUUCCGGCGUCGCCUCUAUCGAUGUUCCACCUAUAAAAGCAUCACUGCAAGGGCCUGCCUGACUUCCCACGUCUCCUAUCACCUUUUACUAAUCUUAGAUGACCUACUUCAGCUAUGUUCAGGCGGUGGUGUCACCGGUUUCGUAUACCCUGUAGAGAAAGGUUGUCUCGUCAGAAGAGCGGCGAGAGACAUCAACUGGACUGCUGAUAUCACUGCUCUGUCUCGAUGUCUUCAAUAUUUGCAUAGAAUUACUGGAGACGAAGAAAUUCCUAAAUCUCCCUCUGAAACAUUGGAAACAGCGAUUUUUAGUAAAUGGGAGAGACUCUCACAUGAAGUAAGAUGCACUGGACCUGGGAGUUAUACGAAGAGACAAUUACGAUAUUUAAAUAGAGUCACAUCAGAAUUAGUGCGAUGCAAGCGUUCUAUUGCAUAUGAAAGUCAUAGUACAUUUCGAGCCAACCUCAUUCAAGUUACGGCAAUGAAUUUGAAGUCUGUCGAAGAUUUGAUUCACAUAAUGGCGAUAAUAUUGGACCAAGCGCGUGAUGUGUAUUUGAAUAAUGUUAAAAGUAGAACAGUUGGAGAGUUUGAAAGGGAAUUGACGGCUUAUAGGUCAAAAAAGUGGAAUAAAUUGAAAGACUACUACGAUGCAUCAUCAGCGUGUUUAAUAGACGCUGUGAGACGAGACAAGGACGUGAGAGAGGAAGACCUCACUGAAGACACGAGUCUCAUGAAUACUGUAUUACACUGGCUUUAUAAGGGUGCAAAAGAAGAUAAAAAAUACCUUGGCCCAGUUUUAAAACCAUUUCUAGAUGAUUUAUUCGUGUCAUCAUUAGAAAACUCAUGGUUUUCGGAGGAUUAUAUAUCGAAAAAUUGUGAUUUGGAAAUUGACGGAUUGAGGGAAUACUGUAUGGGGGUUCAUGAAGGGGUCAUAGAACCGCAAAAGGGACUGAUCGAAGUGGCAAAGAAGCAAACUUGGGCUAAAGCAAUCGUGGAUUUUGUUGAUAGGCACCGCCUUGUUGAUUUCCGGUUAAUAUUUCCAACCGGCGAUGGUCUAGCGGUAUCAUAUCCUCUUAAGCUAUCUUCUAGAAGAGACCAAGCCAGAACUUUGACGCUGAAUAGACGGAAUAAGGCUGAAGCUAAACUGAAAUUAGCAAAACGAUGUGUUGUUAACGCAUUUAAUGAUGUCCUUGUUGGGAAACGAUUUAACAAUAAACAGAACCACCAUGGUAGUACCGACGAAAUUUUAAUUUGCGCGAAAAACGGUAGCUUUUGGAGAACUACCAAACCAGAUAUUAUUCCAUCAGCGUCGAGGACUUUGGAGGUACCAAAAGUCAGGCGUAGACGUCCAGCCACUAUGUAUGGGUUUCCAGAAAUAUCUAUCACCAACCAAGCGGAUACAAAGACGAUGCGACGAAAAUACCAUACAUUGAAGAGCUUGGUAUACUCAGACCAGGUAGACGUUAAGGAGAUGCGGAGAAGACCGAGAUCUGCCGGGUCUUCUAUGAAAAAUAAGGAGCCAUUGAGUAGACCAAGUCUUUUGGAGACUCUUGAUUUUAUUAAUAGCGUAAAGGAUGCACUUUGCGAAGAGUCAGGCGUCUCUGAUGUAGAAGAUAGCGGCUGGAGCGUAGAAGAUGAAUGGGUUCUCACUCAAGUCACUCCACUAAACAUAAUAACAACAAGCGAAACGGGAAAAUUACAUCUUUUGCUGUCUGACAUUAUACUUUGUGCUUUACGAAGAGGAUGUUUUACGAUGUUGCAAGAGCUGUGUUUGUUUCUUGGUGAGUCAAGCGAAGGAGCGUUAUUCUCGCUCCAUCGACUCUCGCGAGCUGCUCGAGCCAGGAGUAGCGAGCGUGUUAAUAGUACCUGGAAGCUGCCCGAAGCACAGUUGCCCAUAAUAACACAGCAGUACAAAGUACGAUCACCAGAUUAUUUCUCUGGAGAUGAAACACAACCACCCCCUAUACCUAAGCGAUCUACAUCUAACGAAAUAAUCAAACAGUACGACUGUUCACCUAGAAUGGAAAUGAAACCAUCCACGGGCAUAAUUAAUCCAAUAUAUGACAUAAAAAUACCAAAAGAUAAAUUUGUGAAACGAACAAAAUCGUUAAGUAGGACCCCCAGCACCAAGAGUGAUAAUUUUACUUUACGGAAAAACAAAACAAAUGAUGUACACAAUGCUAUAGAGGGGAUCGAAAUGAAAAAACAUUUCCUACAACGAUAUAAUAGCAACGGGACUAUUGGUUCAUAUAGAAUUAGAAGAAACAAUAUUGAAUAGGUGUUUACAAUAUUGCUUACACGUAAAUACUGAUUGCCUAACCUUGACUAAAUAACUAAAGAAAAUUUGUUAAACCUUUGCCCAAGAUAACAUGUUCCGUAGAUUUUUCUUGUUUCUUGCAUGUAUAUAGUAGAGUCGUUCUCCUCAAUAUCGAUUCUCCUGCGAACGCUUAACGUUGGUGUAACACAUUUUCUUUUAUAUAAGAAGCUAACAAGGUUCUAUAAUGAACAAAAACUAACUAGAUUUAGUGCAUAGUGUGAGGAUUUUUGAUAAAUAAAUAAAAAUAUUUUAUUUUAUUUUAUUAUUACUUCAUGGGUUUCGCGAUUUUUGUAAUUUAUUUAUAUAUAAAUGCGAAUUUAUUUCAAGCGCUUUUUAGGAUUUUCUCGCUGACUCCGAUUGCUUAAUAAAUUCACGUCUAUAUUAUUUGUUCGCUUUUAAAGAAGUCAUUGCUAAGUGCCUAUCUCGAACCUAAUCCGCUGUUUUACUGGUAUUUUUUUGGGAACAAACAGUUUGUGGUAUGUAAUGUGGUAAACUUUAAUAAAAAAAAUCCUAUCUUAUAUUUAUGAAAAAUCUUAUAAAAUGAAAUUAUGAAAAUAAGUUUAGCAGUUUAAACACGAAUACAGACACUUGCGCAUUAUUAGUUGAGAUUUGCGACUGUAUUGUUAAGCAAUUUGCCAAUACGAGGCAAGGUUACCGGCGCGCGGCGUCACAUUGUAACGUACAGUUGAAUUUCUUGGUAAGCGGUUAAAUAAUGGUUAUUGAUGAUAUAUUACUGUGUACACUGUCUACCUACGUAUGGUUACUUUUCUUCAUACAUUACGUUUGUUCCUCUUAUUUGUAAACACUAAACAAAGACGAACAAUUAAUAAUAUUAAAAUUCUUCUUAAAUUGCUUUAAAAAAUUGUCGAUGUCUCUUUUCUAAGUAUUAAGAAUAAUAAAUUAAAAAAACAGUGACUUUUAGUCUUCGAUUUCUGUACUUCUUCCACUGAUGGGUUUUGUUUGGCAACUGGGUCUAAUCAUACAGGUUUACUCACAAAUGUCUUUCGUAUGAAUCAGUGCGAAUGAGCCCUUAAAAUGUUAUCGAUGCACAGCCGCGAUUCGGUGACCUCAAGGUUGAGAGUCAUUUAACCACUAAGCUAACAGAGGAUAGCUAAGUUUAAGAUCAUCUUCUUAUAUGAUACAUUAAAGUAUACUUAGAAACUUGUAUUCGCUCAAUCAUGUAUAGGUGAAAACUUUGUAAGUAACUUUAGGAAUUAAUUUAGUUGGAUCGUGUUGAUGGAUCAACUCUCUAUGUUACUGUUUUUUAAAGAAAAAAAAUUACAGCACGGCUUGGAUUGAAAACCAUUAUUUUAUAAUUGUGUUUUUUUGAGUGUGUGUCCAGAAAUGUCAGUAAAAUUAAUUUGUAUGUAUAAUAUAUUCAAUGGUCACCAUAAUGGCGACUGUCUUUGGUACAUGUCAAAUUAUUUUUAAGAAAUAUAAAAAAAAAUAUUGGUCAUGUAUUGAAUUUAAUUC